CAAGAUCGUGACUGACGACAUACCAGUGUUCAUGGGCCUGAUUGGGGACCUCUUUCCUGCCCUGGACGUCCCCCGGAGGAGAGACCUCGACUUCGAAGCAUUGGUUCGGAAGGCAGUAGUGGAUCUGAAGCUCCAGGCUGAGGACAACUUUGUGCUCAAGGUGGUCCAGCUGGAGGAGCUCCUGGCCGUGCGACACUCCGUGUUCGUGGUGGGCAGCGCCGGCACUGGCAAGUCUCAGGUGCUGAAAUCCUUGCACAAGACCUAUCAGAUCAUGAAACGCCGCCCCAUCUGGGCUGACCUCAACCCCAAAGCAGUCACGAACGAUGAACUCUUUGGCAUCAUCAAUCCGGCCACCAGAGAAUGGAAAGAUGGACUGUUCUCUUCCAUCAUGCGGGAGCUAGCCAACAUCACCCAUGACGGACCCAAGUGGAUCUUACUGGAUGGCGACAUAGAUCCAAUGUGGAUUGAGUCUCUGAACACUGUCAUGGAUGAUAACAAGGUGCUGACCCUGGCGAGCAAUGAGAGGAUCCCCCUGAAUCCCACCAUGAGGCUGCUCUUCGAGGUCGGCCACCUGCGGACGGCCACACCAGCAACUGUCUCCAGAGCAGGAAUCCUGUACAUCAACCCGGCAGACCUGGGGUGGAACCCUCCGGUGAGCAGCUGGAUUGACAGGAGGGAAAUGCAGACAGAGAGAGCCAACCUCACCAUUCUGUUUGACAAGUACCUCCCAACAUGCUUGGACACACUCAGAACCAGAUUUAAGAAGAUAAUUCCAAUCCCAGAGCAGAGCAUGGUCCAGAUGCUGUGCCACCUUCUCGAAUGUCUCCUGGCCGAGGAGGACAUCCCUGCAGACUGCCCCAAGGAAACCUACGAGCUGUAUUUUGUGUUUGCUGCCAUCUGGGCUUUUGGCGGAGCAAUGGUCCAGGAUCAGCUCGUGGACUACCGGGCAGAGUUCAGCAGGUGGUGGCUGACGGAGUUCAAGACGGUCAAGUUCCCCUCCCAGGGAACUAUCUUUGACUACUACAUAGACCCAGCGACCAAGAAAUUCGAGCCUUGGUCCAAGCUCAUCCCCCAGUUUGAAUUUGACCCCGAGAUGCCUCUGCAGGCUUGUUUGGUGCACACGAGCGAGACCAUCCGGGUGUGCUACUUCCUGGAGCGGCUCGUGGAGCGGCGGCGGCCGGUCAUGCUGGUGGGGACCACCGGCACAGGCAAGUCGGUGCUGGUGGGGACCACGCUGGCCAACCUGGACGCUGAGGAGUACCUGGUGAAGAACGUGCCGUUCAACUACUACACCACGUCGGCGAUGCUGCAAGCUGUCCUGGAAAAGCCUCUAGAAAAGAAGGCUGGCAGAAAUUAUGGCCCCCCAGGCAACAAGAAGCUUAUCUAUUUCAUCGAUGACAUGAACAUGCCCGAGGUGGACGCCUACGGGACUGUGCAGCCCCACACCAUCAUCCGGCAGCAUCUGGACUAUGGCCACUGGUAUGAUCAGAGCAAGCUGUCCCUGAAGGAGAUCAAGAAUGUCCAGUAUGUUUCCUGUAUGAACCCCACUGCAGGCAGCUUUACCAUCAACCCACGGCUUCAGCGUCAUUUCAGCGUGUUCGUCGUCUCCUUCCCGGGAGCAGACGCCCUGGCCUCCAUCUACGGCACCAUCUUGACUCAGCACCUAACGUUCAGACACUUCCCAGUGGCCCUGCAGAAAUCCAGCCCCCAGCUCAUUAAUCUGGCCCUGACCUUCCACCAGAAAAUUGCCACCACGUUCCUACCCACAGCGAUCAAAUUCCACUAUGUUUUCAACCUCAGAGACUUUGCCAACAUUUUCCAGGGCAUUCUCUUCUCCUCAGUAGAAUGUGUAAAAUCCACACAGGACCUAGUAAAGCUCUAUCUGCAUGAAUCAAAUCGGGUUUAUCGAGAUAAGAUGGUGGAAGAAAAGGACUUUGAUCUUUUUGAUAAAAUCCAGACAGAAGUGGUCAAGAAAAUUUUUGACGAUAUUGAUGAGACUGUGAAGCAGACCCAAAGCCUGAACAUGUAUUGCCAUUUUGCCAGUGGUAUCGGUGAGCCCAAGUACAUGCCCGUCCAAUCAUGGGAACUUCUGACCCAGACUCUGGUGGAAGCCCUGGAGAACCACAAUGAAGUCAACACAGUGAUGGACCUGGUUCUCUUUGAGGACGCCAUGCGCCAUGUCUGCCACAUCAGCCGCAUCUUGGAGUCCCCCCGGGGAAAUGCGCUGUUGGUCGGCGUGGGUGGGAGCGGCAAGCAGAGUCUGACAAGGCUCGCGGCGUUCAUCAGCUCCAUGGAUGUAUUCCAGAUCACGCUGCGGAAAGGCUACCAGAUCCCAGACUUCAAGCUGGACCUGGCCGGUUUGUGCCUGAAAGCUGGAGUGAAGAAUCUGAGCACGGUGUUUCUCAUGACCGAUGCCCAGGUGGCUGAUGAGAAGUUCCUUGUGCUCAUCAAUGAUCUCUUGGCAUCUGGAGAGAUCCCGGACCUCUACGCUGAUGAUGAAGUUGAAAACAUCAUAAACAAUGUGAGGAACGAAGUCAAGAGCCAAGGUCUUGUUGACAACAGAGAGAACUGUUGGAAGUUUUUUGUAAAUCGGGUCCGACGACAACUGAAGGUGACUCUCUGUUUUUCCCCUGUGGGAGACAAGCUGAGAGUCCGCAGCAGGAAGUUCCCAGCCAUUGUGAACUGCACGGCCAUCGACUGGUUCCACGAGUGGCCUCGGCAGGCAUUGGAGUCCAUCAGCUUCCGCUUCUUACAGAACACAGAAGGCAUUGAGCCCACAGUCAAGCAGUCGAUUAGCAAGUUCAUGGCGUUUGUCCACACAAGUGUCAACCAGAUGUCUCAGUCUUAUCUGAGCAACGAGCAGCGCUACAACUACACAACUCCCAAAUCAUUCCUGGAGUUCAUCAGACUCUACCAGAGCUUGCUGCGCAGAAAUGGAGAAGAGCUCAAGUCCAAAAUGGAGCGUCUCGAGAAUGGGCUGCUGAAGCUUCACAGCACCUCUGCGCAGGUGGAUGGGCUGAAAGCCAAGCUGGCCGCCCAGGAAGGGGAGCUGAGGCAGAAGAAUGACGACGCGGACAAGCUGAUUCAGGUGGUCGGCAUAGAGACGGACAAGGUGAGCAGAGAGAAGGCCGUGGCGGACGAGGAGGAGCGGAGGGUGGCCCUCAUCAUGCUCGAGGUGAAGCAGAAGCAGAAGGACUGUGAGGAGGACCUGGCCAAGGCGGAGCCGGCGCUCAUGGCAGCCCAGGCGGCUCUCAACACCCUCAAUAAGACCAACCUGACCGAGCUGAAAUCGUUUGGGGCCCCGCCUCCAGCUGUCAGCAACGUCAGUGCGGCGGUGAUGACCCUCACGGCCCCCGGGGGCCGGGUGCCCAAGGACCGGAGCUGGAAGGCCGCCAAGAUCACCAUGGCCAAAGUGGACGGUUUCCUGGACUCCCUCAUCAACUUCGACAAGGAGAACAUUCCCGAGAGCUGCCUCAAGGCCAUCAGGCCGUACCUCCAGGAUCCAGAGUUCCGCCCCGAGUUCGUGGCCACCAAGUCAUACGCGGCUGCGGGUCUCUGCUCCUGGGUCAUCAACAUCGUGCGGUUCUACGAGGUCUUCUGCGACGUGGAACCCAAGCGCCAGGCGUUGAGCAGAGCCACUGCAGACCUCACUGCCGCCCAGGAGAAUCUGGCAGCCAUAAAAGCCAAAAUCACCCACCUUAAUGAAAACCUGGCCAAACUCACAGCCAAGUUUGAGAAAGCAACGGCAGAUAAACUCAAAUGUCAGCAAGAAGCUGAAGUGACUGCAGGCACCAUCUCCCUUGCAAAUCGCCUGGUGGGAGGACUUGCCUCUGAGAACGUGAGGUGGGCAGAAGCCGUGCAGAACUUCCGACACCAGGAGAGCAAGUUAUGCGGAGACAUUUUACUCACCACAGCUUUUGUGUCCUACCUCGGCUUCUUUACGAAGAGAUACCGGCAGAGCCUCCUGGACGGGACCUGGAGACCCUACCUGAGCCGGCUGGAAGUCCCCAUCCCCGUCACCCCCACCCUGGAUCCCCUAAGGAUGCUGACGGAUGAUGCCGAUGUGGCCGCCUGGCAGGACCAGGGCCUCCCCGCGGACCGCAUGUCCACGGAGAAUGCCACCAUCCUCCUCAGCUGUGAGCGCUGGCCCCUCAUGGUUGACCCGCAGCUGCAAGGCAUCAAGUGGAUCAAGAACAAAUACGGCGAGAACCUCCAGGUCACCCAGAUCGGCCAGAAGGGCUAUCUCCAAACCCUAGAGCGUGCCCUGGAGGCUGGAGACAUGGUGUUGAUCGAAAACCUAGAAGAGUCCGUUGAUCCUGUUCUGGGACCCCUGCUUGGGAGAGAGGUCAUCAAGAAAGGACGAUUCAUUAAAAUUGGAGACAAAGAGUGUGAAUACAAUCCCAGGUUCCGGCUCAUCCUUCACACCAAGCUAGCCAAUCCUCACUACCAGCCCGAACUGCAGGCUCAGGCCACCCUGAUCAACUUCACGGUGACCAGGGACGGCCUGGAGGACCAGCUGCUGGCCGCUGUGGUCAGCAUGGAGAGGCCGGACCUGGAGCAGCUGAAGUCAGAUCUCACGAAGCAGCAGAAUGGGUUCAAAAUCACCCUGAAGACGUUAGAAGACAACCUGCUAUCUCGCCUGUCCUCAGCAUCUGGGAACUUCCUGGGGGACACGGCCUUAGUGGAGAACCUGGAGACCACCAAGCAGACAGCCGCCGAAGUUGAGAAGAAGGUCCAAGAGGCCAAGGUGACAGAAGUGAAAAUCAAUGAGGCCCGAGAGCACUACCGGCCAGCAGCUGCCCGAGCCUCUCUGCUCUACUUCAUCAUGAAUGACCUCAGCAAGAUCCACCCGAUGUACCAGUUUUCUCUCAAGGCGUUCAGCAUCGUCUUCCAGAAGGCUGUGGAGAAGGCUGCCCCAGAUGAGAGCCUCAAGGAGCGCGUGACCAAUCUGAUAGACAGCAUCACCUUCUCUGUGUACCAGUACACCACCCGUGGGCUUUUCGAGUGUGAUAAGCUGACUUAUCUUGCUCAGCUUACCUUUCAGAUUCUCCUCAUGAACCGGGAAGUUGAUGCGGCAGAGCUGGAUUUCCUGCUUCGAUCUCCAGGACAGACGGGUGUCACCAGUCCCGUGGGCUUCCUCUCCCAUCAGGCCUGGGGAGGCAUCAAGGCACUUGCAUCAAUGGAAGGAUUUUAUAAUCUGGAUCGGGACAUUGAGGGAUCUGCCAAGAGCUGGAAAAAGUUUGUGGAAUCGGAAUGUCCCGAGAAGGAGAAGUUUCCACAGGAGUGGAAGAACAAGACAGCCCUGCAGCGCCUCUGCAUGAUGAGAGUCAUGCGGCCGGACCGGAUGACCUACGCCAUGCGAGAUUUUGUCGAGGAGAAGUUGGGAAGCCAAUACGUGGCGGGAAGAGCACCAGACUUUGCGACCUCAUUUGAGGAAUCAGGACCAGCCACUCCCAUGUUUUUCAUCCUGUCUCCAGGGGUGGACCCCCUGAAGGACGUGGAGAACCAAGGUAAAAAGCUCGGAUACACCUUCAACAACAGGAACUUCCACAACGUGUCUUUGGGGCAAGGACAGGAAAUAGUGGCUGAGGCGGCGCUGGACCUGGCUGCCAAGAAAGGCCACUGGGUUAUUUUGCAGAACAUCCACCUGGUGGCCAAGUGGCUCGGCACCCUGGAAGAGAAGCUGGCAGAGUAUGGUGAGAAUAGCCACCCGGAGCUGAGGGUCUUCAUCAGUGCGGAGCCUGCACCCUCCCCGGAGGGCCACAUCAUCCCCCAGGGCAUCCUGGAGAACUCCAUCAAGAUCACCAACGAGCCUCCCACAGGCAUGCAUGCCAACCUGCACAAGGCCCUGGACAAUUUCACUCAGGACACGCUGGAGAUGUGUUCCCGGGAGAUGGAGUUUAAGAGCAUCCUCUUUGCUCUUUGUUACUUUCAUGGGGUGGUGGCAGAGAGACGGAAGUUUGGGCCACAGGGAUGGAAUCGUUCAUACCCCUUCAACACCGGGGACCUCACCAUCUCUGUGAACGUGCUCUACAACUUUCUGGAGGCCAACACAAAGGUCCCCUAUGAUGAUCUGCGCUACCUCUUUGGGGAGAUCAUGUAUGGAGGCCAUAUCACAGAUGACUGGGACAGGAGACUCUGCAGGACGUAUCUGGAGGAAUUCAUCCGACCAGAAAUGCUAGAAGGACAGCUGUCUCUGGCACCAGGUUUCCCACUCCCGGGCAACCUAGAUUACAUUGGCUACCAUCAGUACAUCGAUGCCGAGCUGCCUGCAGAGUCGCCCUACCUCUACGGCCUGCACCCCAAUGCCGAGAUCGGCUUCCUGACCCAGACCUCGGAAAAGCUCUUCCGCACGGUGCUGGAGCUGCAGCCCCGGGACAGCCACGCUGGGGACAGAGGAGGAGCCACAAGGGAAGAAAAGGUCAAGGCCCUCCUGGAAGAAAUCCUCGAGCGAGUGACAGACGAGUUUAACAUGCCAGAGCUGCUGGCCAAAGUGGAGGAGCGCACCCCCUACAUCGUCGUCGCCUUCCAGGAGUGUGAGCGGAUGAACGUCCUCACCAGGGAGAUCCGGCGCUCACUGAGGGAGCUGGACCUCGGCUUAAAGGGGGAGCUGACCAUGACCAGCGACAUGGAGAUGUUACAGAACGCUCUGUACCUGGACACAGUGCCAGAGCCCUGGGCCAGGCGAGCCUACCCUUCCACGGCAGGCCUGGGAGCCUGGUUUUUGGACCUUCUAAACCGAAUCAAAGAGUUGGAGGCCUGGCUAGGAGACUUGGCAAUGCCCUCCACAGUGUGGCUGACAGGCUUCUUCAACCCCCAGUCCUUCCUGACCGCCAUCAUGCAGUCCACAGCCCGCAAGAAUGAGUGGCCACUGGACCAGAUGGCCCUGCAGUGUGACGUGACAAAGAAGAACAGGGAAGACUUCAGGAGCCCCCCUCGGGAAGGGGCUUACAUCCAUGGCCUCUUCAUGGAAGGCGCUCGCUGGGAUGCACAGGCUGGGAUCAUCACAGAGGCAACGCUGAAGGAUCUGACACCCCCCAUGCCUGUGAUGUUCAUCAGGGCCAUUCCUGCAGAUAAGCAGGACCGCCACAGCAUCUGUCCUUGUCCCGUGUACAGGACUCGUCAGCGGGGACCCACCUACGUGUGGACUUUCAACCUGAAGACUAAGGAGAAGCCAUCUAAGUGGGUUCUAGCUGGAGUCGCUUUGCUUCUCCAGACUUAGCUGCCUGCACAACCACUAAGAAAACAAGGCGGGGCUGGAGGCUGCCCAGACAAGUGGGUGAGGGGAGACGGAGACGUAGAGAUAAGGAAUCACACGUACUCACAAUUCUGUAGAAUUCUUGUAGGGAACCUGGAGAGAAGGCCGAGCCGGAGGAGUCCAGACCCAGGAACUAGGGGAGAAGCAUUUCAAAACACUGCACCUUUCCUAAUAAAGUGAUUGAUUCUUUAA